GAUAGUUUAUUGUGACUUGUUCAUUCGUGAUAGGGAUAUUCCAAUAUGGUUGACAAUGUAAAUAAAUAAGUUAUAAAAUGGCUGGAUAUUUACCAUUUAUUCUUUUAGUAAAUUGUGUUUUACUGUUAAAGUCUUCGGUUUUCUGUUUAGAUGGAGUUUUCCUGAACCAGGCAUGUAACGGCGGAAAGUAUGUGGCCAAGAGCCACCGGCUCGAGUCGUCGGACGCUCUGUACUACGCACCGAACCUAGCGUGCUCCUACACCGUCACUGUGGACACCGGCAAGAAGGUCAUGCUCAUCUCCAGAAUAUUCGAACUUGAGGCCAAGGUGAGUGGCGCGUGCGUUGAUUACGUCAACAUUCACGACGGCGACAGCACGGCGGCGUCCACCAUCAACACGAGCCCGCUGUGUGGCGUCGUGUAUAAGACAACGUACACGUCAACAGACAACGCCAUGACCGUGUACUUCGAGACGGACUCCACAGGGGCUAGACACGGCUUUGAUUUCAUUUUCGUCGCUGUAACUACAGGCACGUGCGGCACAUCACAGUUCGCGUGCAACAACAGCGUAUGUAUCGACAGCGACCUCCAGUGCAGCCAGCAGGACGAGUGUGCUGACAACAGCGACGAGGAUGGGUGUGACUACGCCAUCCCAGGCAAAGCGGGGCUGGAUGGUAGCGCCUUCCUCAUCAUCGGGCUGUGUAUCGGACUCUUCUUGUUCCUUUUGGCUACGGCGCUGCUCUCCUGGUAUGUGUACCGCCACCACAUCCGCUGGCGCCUCUAUCUUCGGCGGCCCCUCACCGUGGAGGAGGUGGUGCACGAGGAGACCACUCAGACCACCGCCUACCCCGUCACCAAGAUCUACUACAAGGAGAAGUUCCAAGACAUGUACAGCGAUCCCGGGCCGCCACCAUACCACUCAAACUACGGGAGCAUUAAGGCUAAAAGUGACGUCACUUCCGAGAGCCAGGGCUCGUCCACUGAUGUCAUUUCCGGCGGGGGUGUUUCUACGUCGACCAGAAAAGGCUCAAUAUUUGAGAUCCCGGAUGAGACAGCGUACUGACAUUUGACGCAAUUUAAAACUUCUACUAUAUAAACACUAACCAAAAUACGCACUUAACCUCACUCAACCUCUUUAUCAGUUAAAAUUUAGACAAGGUACUACACUAACAUUUUAAACUUUUUAAACAUAUUUCAUCAAUUUCAUCUAAUUGUUGAACAUAAAUAAGUAGUGUAUAUUUUUCUCACAACAAAAGAAUAAUAACUACCAAUAAAGUACAUCUUGCCACGCGCAUGUUUCAUUAAUUAUUAAGGGGUUUUAUCCUUCUGAAAAUGUUUCGUGCACUCUUAUCAAAUGCAGAUUAUAAAAAAAGAAUGAUUUAUUUUAGAAAUAGCAUUUAUUCAAAACGUACUUAAACAGUGAAUU